CUACACUGGAGUCGCUGAGGCAUGAGACAGUGUUGUCAACUCCUCAUCCAAUAUACUGUGAAACUUUCUGUCUCACUCUCAUCGUGCUCGCAGUAGGUUGCUUGUUGUGGUGGUGGAGGAUUGGAAAGUGAGGCGAGAUGGACAAUGAUACUAUGCUCUCACUAUGAAUGAUCCUACCUCAGCAAGCUGAUCCAGUCGAAUUUAAUUGCAUGUGAUUCCCGUUAACAUCCAAAUCUGCAACUUGACGGGUAGCUAUUGAUUUCUGUGGACUCCAGCUUGUUAUUGCUGCACCGAGUUGUCUUCCUUACUUGGAUAACCACGGUCAUAUUUGUGAGAGUCGGAGAGACCGCCCGCUUCAUUAAUUAUUCAGGCCAUUACCUUAUCGUGGACUCCAGUAUUCCUCUGGUCUGAUCCAGCACUGUCCCCAGCGUGGUCCAGUUGGACAUUACUCUCUCUUGUCAUAGCCCUGGUGAACAAUUGGAUUUCAUAGCAGACAUCGACAUGUGGAUAACAUUCAAUUGAGAUAUAGUUUGGGAUGUACUGUUCUGUAGCUAGUUAGUGUAUGUGUUUGUGUGUUUUUGUGCAUUCCUAGGAGGGAUUUAUCCUAUCUUCCAAAUUGUGCAAUGGGUAACAAAUUACGUAAGCUGAAGAAUGAGUUGGUGGGAGGGGAUGAUACGGAAGCAGACGGCAACAACUUAGGGCCUAGUUCGGAGGCUCCUGCUGCCCAGUCUGCUCCCCCAGAGACAACUGGAACAGUGGAUGAUAAAAUUGAAGCUCCUGAAAGUGCUACCUGUAAGACUUCAACUGUUGUUAAACCUGUUGAAACAUCCUUGGAAAAACCUGCACCAACUACGACAGAAACUACAUCUCCCACCCCCACCCCUGCACCAACUCAAACUGUUAAUGAAACUACCGAGAGCCCAGAACAUGUGCAGGCUAAAGUAUCAGCCCAGGAUCCAAAGGAACAGGUGAAAGAGAAGCAGAAGUCGGCCACGCCCCCGAGUGAUGAGAAAGAUGAUGACAUGUCUAGCACACCCCCACAUCCCGCCAUGACGAAGCGGGCGAGGCGUGACGCAGUCAGCGCCGAGGUCUACAAAGAAGAAGAUGCUGCUCAGUAUGUCAAAAAGGUUGUACCCAAAGACUACAAAACAAUGGCGGCUCUGUCAAAAGCCAUCUCAAAAAACGUCCUGUUCUGUCAUCUGGAUGAUAACGAACGAAGUGAUAUUUUUGACGCCAUGUUUCCAGUCCACCGGCAUGCAGGAGAGGUGAUCAUCCAGCAAGGUGAUGAAGGCGACAACUUCUAUGUGCUUGAUCAAGGAGAGGUUGAUAUCUAUGUCAACAGCGAGCAUGUAACAACAAUAGGUGAGGGUGGUAGUUUCGGGGAGCUGGCCCUCAUCUAUGGAACACCCAGAGCAGCUACAGUCAAGGCCAAGAGUGAUGUGAAACUGUGGGGAAUAGACCGGGACAGCUACAGGAGGAUCCUCAUGGGAAGUACAAUCAGGAAAAGGAAGAUGUAUGAAGAAUUUCUUGGGAAAGUAUCAAUUCUUGAGAACCUGGACAAGUGGGAGCGUCUCACAGUCGCAGACGCCCUGGAGCCCGUCAUGUUCGAGGACGGAGAAGAAAUUGUACGGCAAGGGGAGCCAGGAGAAGACUUCUUCAUCAUUUUGGAGGGUCAGGCUGCGGUCUUACAAAGAAGAUCGGACAACGAAGAGCCAGUAGAAGUGGGCAGACUUGGGACAUCCGACUACUUCGGUGAGAUUGCUCUGUUACUGGACCGACCCAGAGCAGCAACCGUUGUCUCUCGAGGCCCUCUCAAAUGUGUCAAAAUGGAUCGUGGGCGCUUUGAGCGUGUCCUUGGACCCUGUGCCGACAUCCUGAAAAGAAAUAUCUCUCAGUACAACAGCUUCGUAUCUCUGUCAGUCUGAGGGCAGAGGUCACAGAUGCAUGCUGGGAUCUGUGUGUCGCUUCUGCGUCCCCAUCAGGCCGUUUUGCCGCCGUCUUGAAACGGUGGAACCAUGUACUAACAUUGAUGACUCGUCUCGUGUACUUAAACUCUCCUUUAAGACAGAUUGUUCCAUAAGGAACAGUGGUUAUGUGUUUUGGCCGAAGUGUUACAUUCUAAACGUGAUGGACUCCAGACUGCAGUUUUAUACCAAUGAUAUUAAUUCCAAAGAAUCCUACAAUAGUUACUGAUGUACUUCAGGAAACCUUUGGUCCUUGAUUACACUUUCUUUCAUCUGUUAUCUUUCAGUACUAUUUGUUGAAUGGUCAAAACCAAAUCUUUGUAUACUGUCUUUUUCCCAAUUCCAUUUCUACUAAACACCUGGCCAAUGAAAAGUCUUCUUUGCAUGGAAGGUAAAUUUUGAAAAGAGAAGUCUGCACACUGUCAGUACAAGUGGUUUUGAAUGAUUUGUCACAAUCAUGCAAUGUUUCGGAUUGCUUGGAUGGAGCACAGCCACCUCAGGGGUUAGAGUCUGGGUUUGAAUCUCAGCAAGGAUCUGCUUAUAAUCAAAUAUAUAAAGUAAUAAAUAUGAAAUUGUUUAUUAAAAAGAAUAUUUCUUAGAGGUUUUCCUUUAAGGGAGAUAAAUGUUCUUGGCCAGGUGUGAAAUAUGACAUCAGUUGUAAACCAGCAGCGGAGCAAGCAUACACAAUCAGUAAUAAUUUUCAUUAUAUGGGCAGCAGAGUUGCUUUUAGUUAUUGUACUCAAGUAUUAAUUUCAUGGUAAUGUUUGUAAUCAGAAACCCUGCUUGUCUUGUGUUUAUAGUGUGAAAUGCCAGCAUGAUCCAAAACUGUCAACCCGAUGUAGAUACAAAAUAUCUCCAAACCUCUUCCAAACAAUCAUGAUUUGUCCAAAUAGUGGUAACCACAUUUUAUCAAUAAAAAAAAGAGGGUAUUUAUUUGUUUUGCUGCUUCUAAUAUUUCAUAAAAUAUAUGAUAUAUCUUGUGAGUACGGGUUGUUAUGAAGGGAAAAACAAAAUAGAAAUUAAAACCAUGGCAGCUCCGUUAGGUAUGUCUCAGUUUGAUAUUGAAGUUAGUCUGUUGUGAAGGGUACCUGGUGAUGAACAAGCUAACACUGUCAGGAACUGGACACCACCACUGUCAUGGCGAUGGAUUGAACUACCACAUUACCCUACCAGUUGUGUUGUAUACCAGCUGUAAUAUGGCCUUACAUUUUUUACUAGGUUUACUGUUACAGCAACCUUGAAAAUAUUCAGAAAAAACAUACCUGAGAAUAACAAUUUAUUUUUGUAUUGGGAUGGUAAAGAUUUGCUUUGACAAUGAAAUUCUGCUGUCAGAUUUGAGAUUUGUAAUGUUCAUAAGGACCCAAACCUACGAAUCCAAAUGUGAUUAUAAAAUUGUUUGCAAACUGAAGGAAAAUUGUCUGUGCUUAAGGUUUAGAUCCCUGUGAAACUAACUGACAAAAUUACAAUUUAGAACAAAUUGUGAGUUUACUGAGCUAUAGUUCCAUCUGUCAUCAGUUCUGGGUCUCAGAACGCCAGACUCUUGGGUCACAUGAAUAGUACUCAUUUAAGUCCAUUUUGAAUUCCCACGCAAGGCCCAAUAAAGUAUAGUCCAGGUGUCCUUGGUCAUGCCAGCUACUGGCAGCUGGAGUCCAGGUAUCUGUGUAGGCAUCCAGGUACUGGGAGCUGGUGUCCAGGUACUCUGUGUUGGCAUCCAGCUACUGGCAGCUGGUGUCCAGGUACUGGCAGCUGGAAUCUAGGUACUCUGUGUAAGCGUCCAGGUACUCUGUGUAGAAGUGGGGUGACACUGUGGUAUUUUGUGUAUUGCUGUAAGAACAUGGCAUUAAUUGUACAAAUAUGACCCAAAUGAACCAGAUAUUGAACCAGAGACUUUAGCUGUGCUGCAAAAGAAUUGUUGGACUUAUUUUCAAGGUCUGGAUGGAGAAAUUAUGUCGACUAGUAUCUUGGCUUUUAUCUAUAUAUAAAUAUAUAAAAAGUAAAAUCUGAUAUUCCUAGUGUUGUAGCAGAUUCAGUAUUUGAGCCAGUACUUUAUUCCAAAAUAGGUCGUGAGUGAAAUGUUGCUACGCAACUAUAGUAAAUAUUGUUUAUCAGGCUGAAUCAGGAGCACUUGUAACAGGUCAAUUUGCUGCCUUGUGUAUUUAUUUUGUUAUUUAUUUUAUGUAGACGAGAUAUUAAACCACUUGUUUUCAAACUAGUCAUAGUUUGGUGUAUAGAAUAAAGCUGUUCUAGGUGGAUGAUAGUCAUUGGUUGUCAUGGUAACCUUGUUAUAUGAAAUGAUCAUGUUAUUCUUUUCAGUCCAUCUGUGAAUAUCAUAUUUCAGCUGCAAUAUUAAUUUUCAAAUAAUUACAGUUAUUGUAUACAUGUCAGGGAGAAGAUCAGUUCCAUAUUAAUGUUGAUGUGCUCCAAGCUGCUUCAAGCACACAUAUGCUGACAAGUGUAUAUAGAUAUACCACAAUGUACAGAUACAUGCGUAACUGCCACCACUUUUAGUCAGCUAUAAAAAUUCCCAUAUUUGGGAAAUGUGUUUGUUAUAAAUUUUGUAAAAACCUUGAAUUUUUGUUAAUUACAGGUCAUAUUUUGUUAUUGCUGUUUCUAAAGAAAGAACUUAUUUUGAAAAUUGCAAUACAUGUACAUGACAAACCAAUUCCUAGCUUUCAUAAUGCUUGGUGUAUAGGAAAAUAUUACAGGCCGUUUGAUAUUUCAAACAUUGAGUGUAGCACAUGUAUUCAAACGGAAGGCUUGGUAGCAAUCAUGGUCAGUCCAGGUACUUGUAUUCAUGGCAUAUUUUGCUUAUAUAGCUGGAUAUCUCGUAAUCUUUCAUGUCAGAACUUUUGUCUUUAAAUAUGGUUAUCUUGAACAGAUCUCACAUUAUUUCAACAUAAAUGGGCCAAAUAUUCUGAAAAGGGGGAUAGUUUAACCAUGUGUAUCUUCUGUCUUGGAGGUGUUGGGGUAGCUCAGAUCCUUUGUUACAUUUUGUUAUGAAUUUUAUUAGUACUUUACUACAUCUUCUUUUUUUAAAAAUGUAAACAAUUGCGUUAUGCACAGAAACCGCUAUUCAACUAGAAGUGUUGACAAUAGCCUCAAGUAGGACAAUAGGGCUCUACAAAGAAGUCAGCUGUAUUCAAGAGAUCACUCAUUGUUUGUUUUAUCUGUGAUGACACUGUAUAUAUACUACCCAAAGGAAAUUAAGGAACAUCCUAUUUUUUCAUAUGACUAUAGUGAAUGCAUCAUGGCUGGUUGACACUGCAACCAUAGCCUUCCAAUUAUAGGUGUUGUUUAAUUUGUUUUGAGUCAUAAUGGAGACCUUGGCCUCCAGAAGGGUUUGUAUAUUUUAAAAUGUCAUCAUACACAAGAAUAGAAUAUAGAUUUUAGUCUCGCUCCGCCUCGGCCCCGCCCUUCUUCCCCACCCCCUUCUGCUGACUGUGAACAUACAGCUGUGUGCAUGUACGUAUGUGUUAACCAUGUGGCCCCAACCCUGGAUAGGCCAGACAGUAUGUGUGGCCCUAACCCAGGAUAGGCCAGACAGUAUUUGUUAUCUAACAGAGUGGAUAUGUUUAUGUGCUUUGCUGGCAACUAACCAUUGUAUGAUGACUUUAGAUAGCUGAGACCUGUUGUAGUUGUAGCCAAUCACAGGGCUGGUUAGAUCUGUUUUAACCAAUCAGGUUGGCCAAUAUGUACAACGUUUGGUUCAGGUUAAACAGGUGUAUUUUACAAGUGUCACAGAUCGUUGUUCUGUAUAGAUCAAACCAAGCUAAAACAACAUACCUGAAUAAAUGAUAAUUUAUGCCCUGUU